AUGUGUACACAAAUAGUCGCGUAUCAGAUUUGCUAUUACGGUACGAAUAAUUGUGCUUUCACAAUACUGGCGAUUGGUAAACGAAAGCGUGAUCCCACAGAAGAGAAGCGUUAUUCGCAUUAUGCAAAUAUUGUGAAACUCUAUGAUGUAUAUGAGGAUAACUUGAGCAUCUACUUGGUGGUGGAGCUGUGCCUGGGUGGUGAACUGUUGAGUACGAUCAUAUCUUUAAAGUAUUUCUCAGAACGUGAAGCUGCUGUUGUGUUAAGACUCGCCAAUGCUAUUUAG